GCCAUCAGAUGAAGGAGGAAGGUUGACUGAGUUGAUUAGACAACACAGACAAUACACACAAUCCAAAUCCUAACACUGACAAACAACAAUGUCCUUCCUGAAAGAGAUCAGCCCGUUGGUGAAGAAGCAUUUUCUCUCGGAGAAUGAUGUUUUAUCGAGACGUGCAGCACAGAUCACAGCUGAAAUACAACAGGGUGAGAGAAGAAACUAUAAUGAGGUGCUUGAUUUGUCUUCUGGGGAUCUGCACAGAGGAGGAAUAAAACCCAUCACCUUCGUUCGUCAAGUCCUUGCUGCCUGCUUGUAUCCAGCCCUUUUGGAGGAUGACAGUCUGCCAUUAGAUGUUAAACAAAGGGCUGAAAGUCUCCUUAGGGAAUGUGAUGGUGGAAGCGUAGGUUCAUAUACAGAGUCAAGUGGAAUUCCCAAAAUCAAACACUGUUUGUCACAGUUCAUUACCAGGAGAGACGGAGGAGUUCCUUGCUCACCCGACAACAUCUUCAUCAUGUCUGGCUCCAAAACGGCACUAAGGAUUAUGCUGAAGCUACUGAUUCGUAGUGAGGACUCGUGUCAGACUGGCGUGCUCAUACCUGUACCCACAUAUCCUACAUUUACUCUGAUGCUGGAGGAGGAGGAAGCAGCCAUCAUACCGUAUCAUCUGUGUGAGGAACAGGGCUGGACGCUGCAGAUGGAGGAGCUUCACAGGGCACUUCAAGCAGGCAGAAAGAUCUGCAAUCCAGUAGCGCUUUAUAUCUGCAACCCAGGGAAUCCAACAGGUCACUUACAGAGCAGGAAGUCCAUAGAAGAAGUGAUCCGCUUUGCUGCAGAAGAAAGGCUCUUUAUACUGGCUGAUGAGGUGUAUCAGAGCUGUGUGUAUGGAGACGAUACUGAGUUUUAUUCCUAUAAGAAGGUGUUAUCAGAAAUGGACUCCACUAUUUCCAGCACUGUAGAACUGGCCUCCUUCAAUACUGCCUCCAAGGGCUUCAUGGGAGAGUGUGGGUUACGUGGUGGCUAUGUGGAGCUGGUGAAUCUCUGCCCUGCAGUGAUGAAACACGCUCAUAUGCUGUUUUCGACUAGGAAAUGCCCGCCUGUUGUUGGACAAAUUGCACUUGACCUCAUGGCAGAUCCUCCAAAACCUGGCGACCCCUCAUUCCCCACCUUCUCUGAGGAGGUCCAGUCCAUUAACAAUACGAUACGUAAAAACACUGGUCGGAUUCAGGAGGUCUUUGCUGAGCUGCCGGGGAUCAGCUGCCACCCACUGAAGGCCGGGCUUUUUGUCUUCCCCUGUCUACACUUCCCCCCGAAGGCAAUAAAAUGGGCCAAGAAAAGACAGAUGGAACCAGACAUGCUGUACUGUUUGCAUUUGCUAGAGGAAACAGGUCUGCAUGUGAGGCCGGGCUGUAAAUACGGACAGAGAAAGGACAGCCAUCACAUCAGGCUUUUUGUGGGAACUCAAGAGAACAUAAUGGAAGAUGCUCUGCAAAGACUGAAGACGUUCCACAUGCGAUUCAUGAAGGAGUUUUCUUAGUGUCAUCUUCAGAUUAUGAGAUCUGUUUAACCCUUGAAUUCAUGAAUGUUUCACCAAUCAGCAACUCAAAAUAUAUAUCUAUCACGGAUGGAUCUCUAAACUGCACCAACAGUAUGAAACUGUUCUGAUAUUUUAAUAACAAUAAUAAAGUAAUAAAAUAAAGAUUAUUUUUGUUGUUGUCUGUUGAAACUUUGAAGUGUGUUUUGAGCAACUGCUUCACGGCCAUCAUCUCUUACAUUCAGUUACUUUCAGCUUCUGCCUCAUAUUGGGGAUCUGAACCUUUCAAUGUUAAUCAUCCUGAAAAUCACUGCUUUGUUUGCUGACAGAUUUGUCAUCAUAUCUACCAGUAAAUGAAGCUAAUGUCUAUUUACUUGCUCUGCAAAAUCUACAUCAGUUGUCAAAGCGUGUAGCUGCACCUGUGAAUAGAUAUGCAUUUUAUGUGCUACAUUCUUACAAUUAAGAAAAAAAAAAAAGAACCACUAACAAUGUUCUGUUUUA